AUGGGGUUUAUUCGGUUUGGUGUUUCUGGUGUGCCGCAGUGUGCCCUGUUUCAUUUGUGUGGACUUUGUGAGCGAGGUGCGGUGAAUGAGACGGGGGUGGGACGGCGAGGGCGAAGCUGUGCUACAAUAUCACCGGCAGGAAUUGUCCGGCGAUAUCGGUUCACUACAUGCAUGCGCACGCCCGCAAGUGUGCAUUACACUGUACACGUUAUAGCCGCAAUGAUGUACAGUCAACCACACCGAGUAGUGCACCCCCAUGCAAGGUUCCAACGACAUGCAAUACUCGCAUCUUGCACUAAUGAAUGGGGUCACACAAAAUACUCGUUCACAAGCGUCUGGCGCCUCUCGGAACGACUCUGCUCAGCGUGUGCAGUUAGCAACUCGCGCUUUGCAACGUGCAAAUGA